UAGCUAACCCAAUUGUUUUCUUCUUUCUCAGACAAUGGCGCCUUCCAACCUGGAAUGGAGCCAAAACGGCAGCGGACCGCCUACACACGGCACCAAAUCCUCGAGCUCGAGAAGGAGUUCCACUUCAACCGCUAUCUGACGCGACGGCGGCGGAUAGAAAUCGCGCACAGUCUCUGUCUCACCGAGCGGCAGAUCAAGAUCUGGUUCCAGAACCGGCGCAUGAAGUGGAAGAAGGACAACAAGCUGCCCAACACGAAGAACGUCCGACGCAAGACCAACCCCGCCGGCGUCACGACGACAAUCCCUCCAAAGACUGCGACCACCACGGCUAGUGGCACGGUACCGCAGCCGCAGCAGACGCAGGCGCAGACGCAGCAGCACCCGCGCAGCAGCAGCAGCAGCAGCAGCAGCAGCAGCAGCAGCAGCAGGCGCAGCAGGCGGCGGCGCCGCGGCCGCCGCCGCCGGCGCCGGGUCUACACCCCCUCCAGCACCCGAUGGCCGGCGCGCAUAUGCCGCAUCCAGGUGCUGUCAAACCCGAGUACGGUCUCACAAACCUGUAAUCGGGGCCCGCGUACUUAGUUGUGCCCGUGUGUGCGUGUGUGGUUGUCGGCGACGCGCAGUCCGGUUCCUAGCGGCAGCGGCGCCGCACGCGUGGCAAUACACACCGCAAUAGGCGUCGUCGCGUCGCGAACGUCUCUCGCGACGAUCGUGGCGCGCCCGUGCGCCAUUUCAGGGAUUCGCUGCGCCGCGCCCGAUGCGACGCGCCCGUCCCACGGCUCUUCAUGUGUAGCAAUAAGGUGGGAUUUCGUACGAACCAAAGGUUAUAUUGUUAUAGUUUGUAUUUAAUUUAUUUAGAUGCUUUACGUUGUCGGCGCGUUCUGCGAUCGGACGCUGCGAACGGCCGACGUUAUUCUGUGUUAGCCAGGUCAGCGCUCUUCUCCGGGGGUCGGUGAUGACCUGCGUGACCCCGGUGACCUCGGUGACCUGUGGACGCUGCCGGUGUCGCCGAGCGCAGCUCUGACAUAGCGUUGUAGCCUAUGCAGACGGGCGGGGCGAUGAGCGCCGAGGACGCUUCAGUGAGGACGCCCCAGCUCAUGAUGAGGACGCCCCAGCUCAUGAUGCGGAUGCGCCGCUCGCCGUCAGGCCAACGCGAAUACUCGAGAAGCCAUACUCAAUCUCAGGGAUUGCACGACGUCGGCGGAGGGGAACGGUGUCGGUCCUGUUGUCCUGGCCCCUUCAGUCGGUCCCCUGCCCUGUUCAUUCCCUUCCGGAUCCUCUUCUAUCCCCGGGUCAAGGCUCCGGUGACAGCGGCGCCUUUCUUGGGCACGCGCCAGCCAGGACGUGCUCCUGCGACCGUGGGGACGCCCGUCCCUGCCACGCGACCCUUCCCCCUGCAUUUGACCAGCUAUCACCCCUCAGAAGUUCGGCACCUCUCAUUUCAAAGCCGCCGAGCGUUCACAAGCACCGUCGAGAUCGACUGACCCUGUCGUCGCGUCGGUGUCGUCGCGUCGGUGUCGAAAUUUGACCCGGGCGCGAACGCACCGUCCCCCUCUCUGCCCGACGUCGCUGCCGUGUGCGAACUGCUACCACCAAGUUCGGCUGUACAGAUGUAAAUAGCUCAAACCAAACGUGAGUGUUGUGAGUGUUCGUGCGAGGUUUCUCGAUCCAGGCCGUGGUGGGCGGCUUUAGGAGAUGAUUUGCCUGAGUUUGCGCUAGGAGUUGAUGCAUAUGACGUGUUAGCAGUAUUAUUUAACAGGCAACCUAGUCGUGACCGCUUGCGACGGGGGCGUGAGCCCCAUACUCAAAUGCUAUGAUUCGUUUUCCCAGAUGGUUAUUUGGACCCUCUUUGCGCGUGCGUACUUGUCAAAUUGUGCUAACGUACUGUCUGAGAUUGAAUUGUUGAGCAAAACGGGUUAUGAACUGCAGUAGACGAAAUGUAUCUAUAAAAUGCCGUAAA